AUGAAAGGCAAAUGGAAGCAGAACAGCAAGAAGAAGAAGGGGAAUGCAGUGUUACAGAAGUACAUGACGUCUGUUGAUGAGUUCAUUAAAAGCAAAGGUGUUACAGAGGAAGCGAACGACCAUGGGCUGAGGUUUGUCAAAAAGAAAAGUAGAAAGGAACUACGCAAAGAAAAGCGAAAACAGAAAAAAGCCAAGAUGAAGAAUCACUACGAAGGCAAAAAGAGCAUCUGUCUAUCGGUCGGUGACGAUGGGGCUUCUGCAGUAAUUGAUGAAAAGCAGCCACCUGCACAGAAGAAGAAAAUGGAUAAGAAAAAGACUGAAGUGGUCAAAACACUUUCGAGCAAAUCUCCUCACCCUCCCACGGAGAAAUCAGACAAGUUGAAAAGUUCAUCAGCCUCCAAACAAGGCAAGAAAGUUAACAAGCUCAAAGAAUCCAGAAAAAUUGCACUAUUGGAGGCAAACGAAGAUGAGGACAGGGAGAUAAAGAAGCUGGAACGACGUCUCGGAUUAAACAAGAGGAAAAACAAAAAAAGUCUUCCACAAUCCUUUGUGACUGAUGGACUUGACUACAUUCUGGGUGUGCUUGACUCUGGCUCAUCAGCGAUGGGAACGUAUGAAGAUGAUGAUGAUGACGACGACAUGGAUGUUGCCAAAGAGAAAUUUGAAAAGUUAAAUGAGCACGACUCUCCGCUGUCAGGGGAGGAAGAGGAUGCUGAAAGUGAGAUGACAAAUGACGGCAGUGAUGAUGAUGAUGAGGAGGAGGAGGAGGAGGAAGAGGAAAUGGAGGAUGUUGAGGAGGAAGAGGCUGAGGAAGAAGAAAUGGGUGAUGACAAUGAUGAGUUGAAUGAGAGUGAUUCAGCUGAAUCUUCCAAUGAAAUAGAAGAGGAAACAGAGGAAGAAGCUGACAGUCCCAGCUCAAAGCCAGAAGAAGCUACCGCUACAACUGGGAAGUACGUGCCUCCUCAGCUUCGUGACACUGGAGAUGACAGACGCAAAGCUGAGCUGGGAAAACUGAAGAGGAAUGUGAAAGGUUUGCUGAACAGGCUAAGUGAGCCCAACAUGGCCUUUGUGUGCGGUCAGCUGGAGGAGCUGUACAUGAGCUGCAGCAGGAAGGACAUGAACGACAGUCUGACGGAGGUGAUGCUCGCGGCCUGCGUCACCCCGGCCCUGAUGCCUGAGCGGCUGCUGAUGGAGCACGUGCUGCUGGUUAGCGUCCUCCAUCACGUUGUGGGGCUGGAGGCAAGUCAACAGUCUUUAACCCUUCAUUUUGUUGGAGCUCAUUUUCUGGAGACGGUUGUGCGGAGGUUCGACGAGCUGUACAAGAGCCCGAGUGAGAGCAAGGAGUGCAACAACCUCAUCGCCAUCGUCGCACACCUCUACAACUUCCAGGUGGUGCACUCGGUCCUCGUCUUUGACCUCCUGAAACUUCUGGUGGGAGCGUUCACAGAGAGGGACAUCGAGCUGGUUCUGUUUGUGCUGAGGAGCGUGGGCUUUACCCUGCGAAAAGACGAUGCCCUGUCUCUGAAGGAGCUCAUCUCUGAAGCCCAGAGGAAGGCCGGCGACAAGGGCUCCAUGUUUCAGGACCAGAACAGGGUGCGUUUCAUGCUGGAAACCAUGCUGGCUUUAAAAAACAAUGACAUGCGGAAGAUCCCUGGCUACGAUCCUGAGCCGGUGGAAAGACUGAAGAAGCUGCAGAGGACUCUGGUCAGCCGGGUGGCUGGAGGCAGCGACAUGAAGCUGAGGGUCUCUCUGGAAAACCUCCUGGCCGCAGAGCAGGUGGGCCGCUGGUGGAUCGUUGGCUCGUCGUGGAGCGGCGCCCCCAUGAUCAGCAAACCAGGCGACGGAACCACAAAGACGAGUUCUGCUGAAGGACAGUUCAGUGCUAAGGUAUUAGAUCUGGCCAGGAAACAGAGGAUGAACACAGAAGUCAGGAGAAACAUCUUCUGUGUGCUCAUAACCAGCGAGGAUUACCUGGAUGCCUACGAGAAGCUGCUGAGGAUGGGGUUGAAGGACAAGCAGGAGCGAGAGAUCGUCCAUGUCCUAAUGGACUGCUGCCUGCAGGAGAAAAGCUUCAACGCCUUUUACGCCGUGCUGGGAGAGAAAUUCUGCUGCCACGAUCGCCGCUUCCAGAUGACGUUCCAGUUCAGCCUGUGGGACAAGUUUAGGGAUCUGUCCAACCUUUCCAAAAGCACCUUCAGCAAUCUGAUCCUGCUGGUUACACACUUCCUUCAGAAAAAGUGCUUGUCCCUGUCCAUUCUCAAAGUGAUAGAGUUUGGGGAACUAGACAAAGCCACGGUGCGCUUUUUGCGCCAAGUGUUGACCAAGCUACUAAAAGAAACUGAGCCCGAGGAGCUAGUAAGCAUAUUUGGGAGGAUUUCAGGAAUUCCCAAGUUAGGAAUGCUGCGGGAGGGUUUGAAGCUUUUUAUCAGUCACUUCCUUCUGAAGAAUGCCCAGUCGCAGGGAGCAGCUGAACAAGCGGCGCUGCUGUCAGAGCGUGCCCAGGUCGCCACCAAAGCCCUGGAGGCCAGAGAGGCCAAGCUCAAACUGUAAAGCACACACACACACACACACAAUCCCCCAGACCACUUUUAUUCUCAGCAGGUCUGUUCGGAGAGACAAACUACAAAUACUUUUGACACUGACUUUCAACAAAAUACAACCAUGAAUGAUAUUUGACAGUGUUUAUCAGUUUGAGCCUAUUUGUAUGCUAUUAUUAACCAAACACAUUUACUUUUGAUGAUGAUUUGGGAAAGUUGCCCAUUAAUGUAUAUUUUCCUCUUCCACGUCUUUUAUCAGUGCUGGUAUUUGUAUAUUUGUUAAUAAAAGAGGAUGACCGUGC